AAAAACAAAAUUCGACCGUUAAGACACAAAAAUAACACCCCCUGUUUCUAAACACACACAAACUGAAAUAACCCAAGAAAAUCAAUCAUUUCUUGCAAAGAUCAAAUUCAGACCCACAAAUCUAUAAAGAAAAUGUCAGUAACAGAUGAUCCAAACUCGUUUGUAAUCGAUGAGAUUUAUGAGUUCUCAGCACCCACAUUUUAUGAUUUCAUUGAUGAAGAAACAGAAGAGGAUACAAGGAAAGCUGAACUUUGGUUCCACAUUACAACCAGCUAUGCUCCUUCUCCUUUUAUGCCAAAAAUCAAGAAUGCUAGUAGAAUGGUUCAACUUGAGACCCUAUGUGAUUUCACUGAUGCUGAGGAGUUGCAGGAUAAUAAUAAUAAUAAUACAAGGCCUGCAACUGAGCUCACUUCUUCUGAAAGUAAGGAAGAGGUAACACCAAAUUUGAUCAUCAGUGUUCCUAAUCCGGAAACUGAAGAGAAGCAGUCUACUGUCCAAAGUCAAGUAACAGAAACUUGCACGCCACGACCACCAACAACAUCUCACAGGAAUGACUCUCGGAAGACGAACUCCAAGACGCAACAAACAGCCAAAAAGAUUGCAAGCAUACUAAGAAACCCUUCAGCAUUAAAGUCAAAAACUCAAUCACAACAGUCAAAUCCGAGGAGCUCUAAUCAAGCUACUAUUAGAAAGCAAGCAAUCAUGAAAAGUGCUGUUGGAACUCCAAAUUUCGCACAAGAAAACCAAGCAGUAAAGAGACAAAAACUAGAGGAAGGAAAAUCUAGAAAGAUUCUUGAUAUCAAACCUCAACAUUUGCCGCAUAAAACAAGACUUGGGGUAGCUAACAGCAGCUCUAAGUUGUUCUCAUCAGCAGCUAAAACUCGAAAAGAGGAGAGAAAGAUGUAUGCUAGGCCACUUGUUUCCCCGUUUGUUUCAACAGCAGAAAUGAUAAAGAAGUUCCAAUCUGGCAUGAGCAAUUCUAUUACAAAUGAUGAUCCGACUGGACCAGCACAGCGGAAGCCGAAACUUACAUUAACCAGGCCUAAAGAACCCGAAUUUGUAACUGCUCAACGUGUCCGUCCAACAAGGGUGAAAAGUUCAGCUGAACUUGAGGAAGAAAUGAUGGCCAAAAUUCCCAAGUUUAGGGCUCGCCCAAUUAACAAAAAGAUUUUGGAAGCUCCAACUCAACCAGUGUUAUUACCUAAAAGUGCACCUCAACUUCCAGAAUUUAAGGAGUUUCACUUGGAAACAAUGGCAAGGGCGAAUAAAAAUGCGGAUACAACUUCAGUUCAAUCAAUAGAAUCUUCUCAGUGUCAUCAGUGGCAGCAUCUUACAGCACCUAAAUCACCUGUUCUUCAAACAUCACUAAGAGCACGGCCUCCAAUUUCCAAAAGCACAGAAGAACUUGAAAGGGAAGAACUUGAAAAAGCUCCAAAGUUCAAGGCAAGACCCUUGAAUAAGAAGAUUCUUGAAAGUAAAGGAGAUUUGGGAAUGUUCUGCAACACAAAGAGGCAGGUAACAGUGCCUCAAGAAUUUCACUUUGCCACAGAUGAAAGGGUUCCACCUCAAGCUAACUUUGAUGAUCUGUUUGACAAGCUUUCCUUGAAUUCCCAACAUCAAAAUCACAAGAAUAUUCCCAGAAACACUAUGCCAAAUCCUUUUCAUCUCUACACUGAGGAACGAGGAGUUGAGAAAGAGAGAAAGUUGUUCUCUGAACUUCUUCAGAAACAGAUGGAGGAAGAGAGGUCCAGAAAUCCUAAAGCAACUCCAUAUCCUUACACCACUGAUUAUCCCGUGAUUCCACCGAAACCAGAGCCAAAACCGUGCACGAAACCAGAACCGUUCGAACUUGAGUGUCUCACUAGGCAUGAAGAGGAGAUGAGAAGGGAAAUGGAAGAAAGGCAGAGAUUGGAGGAGGAAGAAGCUAAGAUGAGAUUAUUUAAGGCACAACCAAUCUUGAUUGAGGAUCCAAUUCCAGUUCCUGAGAAAGAAAGGAAACCGUUCACUGAGGUUCAAGAAUUCAAUCUACAUGUAAAUCACCGUGCUGUCGACAGAGCUGAAUUUGAUAAGAAGAUUAAGGAGAAAGAAAUGGUGUAUAAGAGGUAUCAGGAGGAGGCAGAAUAUGCAAGAAUGAUGGAAGAGGAGAAGGCCUUGAAACAACUAAGGAGAACUUUGGUGGCCCAUGCACGACCUGUGCCUAAUUUUGAUCAUCCUUUCCUACCUCAAAAGUCUUCCAAACAAUCGACGAGACCAAGUUCGCCCAAGCUACAGGUUAUUAAAAGGAAAGAGAGGAGGAAAAUGCUUUGCCCCUAUGCAGCAGUUUCUAGUGCUGCCUCUCAAAUGAGGUGAUUGUGAUGACAGAUCAAUUCAAAACCAGAGAGAUGAUGAUUGUUCAAGAAUGCUUGAACCCCUCCUCCUCCCUCGUGGAGAUAAGGACAGCAUUGCAAGGUCACUGCAGGAUGGAAUUUUUUUACCAGCAUUAGUCAUGUGUGUAACAGUUCUGCAAUAAUAGAGCUCACACUGUACUUAAUCCAUUUAACUAGUGUUCAGUUAGCUUAACAUAUCUAAGAAUGACAGAUAGCGUUGCUUUGUAUCAAAACUAUAUGUAGAUGAGCAAAUACGACGGCCUAUUAUUGCAAAAAUAGCCAAUUGGAAAGCAAGAGUUAUGCUUUUAAUCUUCCAACCUAACAGGUGAACUUUACACAAUUUGAUCUAUCAAAGAAGCUUGUAUCAA